UCGAUGGUUUGAGUGAAUCUAUCGAUUAUGAGUCGGCUGCACUGAGCCGGCAGAGAAGGGAACCCUCUCCUUCCUCCUCCUCUUUGUUGUUUUUGUUUUUUUGUUUUUUGCUUUGCGCGCUUGGGCCAGUUCCGGGCGAAAACCCAACAGGAACCUUUAAUAUGGAACAGAAUUCUGAACAAAAGAAGGAUGCCUCUUUUUCUAGUUGCCUGAAUUUUACAAGUUCUUCAGCAAGGUUGCAGCCUAGAAGACACUCAGCCAUUUGGACAAACAAAGAACUAGUCAACUCUUCAGAUCAACCCAUAACCAACUUAAAUGUUAUACAAACAGAAUAUGCUAAGACUUUGCAUUUAAAGAAUAUUACUGUGCCUGACAAUGAUGAAAGGAUAAGUAUUACGACUGAAAAACAAGAAGGAAAAGUCAACUCUGUGACUGCUAACCUAGAUAAAGAAAAGAAUAUUGCAUUCCUUUUAAAUGAAUUGGAUGUUCUAAGGGCAAACAAUAAGAAGCUUCAGGAUCAGCUGUCUGAAAAAGACAAGGAAUUGAAGACAUUGAAGCUGGACUUAGAGCUACAAGAGAGUGUAGCAGAAGCCAAGAUUGCAGAAAAGGCUGCAGUUCUAAUAGAAGAAAUUCAUUCCACACAACAUGACCAUGAUGAAGCCAUCAUGGCUAGACUGAAGUUGGCCAGUGAGGAAAAAGGUGAUGUGUGUAAACAAGUAAGGCUACUGGAACAACCUCUCGAGACGCUAGAAAAUAUUAACCCUGAAGAAAAUGACAUGACAUUACAGGAAUUACUGAACAGAAUAAACAAUGCAGACACCGGUAUGGCGAUAUGGAGGACAGGAGCUAUAAUUGUCGAUCGCAUAUAUAGGACCCAGAAACAGAAAAAGAAAAUAACAGCAGAAGAAAUUAAUGCAUUGAUAGAAGAGCGAGAUGCUGCACUGGCUCAAUGCAAACGGCUGGAGCAGGAGCUUCAUCAUAUGAAAGAGCAGAACCAGACUUCUGCAAACAACCCUAGACAUCUGACUGCUAAAAACAAUCAAGAACGUGCUCUGAAGGAAAAAUUGCUUGCUAUGCAACAAGAGAGAGAAGCUGCUAUUCAUCAAUAUAAAAGUCUAGAAGAAGAACUGCAGACUCUUCGUAUUUAUUACAGUUUGCAUCAAGCUCUAUCCCAAGAAGCAAAUCUUAAGGAUCAGUUCAACUCCACACUUACAACAUAUGAAAAAGCUUUGAAAAAUAAAGAUGAUAUUGUCUCCAUGCUCUUUCUUCAAAAUGAGGAGCUGGUGACUCAGCUCCAGCAAAUGGCAGCAGAGAAAACAAGCAUAGAAUUAAAAUUUCAGCAAGCUUCAGAUGCUUUUCAAGAGACCACUGAAAAACUUCAAAAAUUGCAAAGACUGGUGGACGUCCUAAGGAAGAAGAUUGGAGCAGGGUCCAUUAGGAUGGUGAUCUGAUAGAAAGCACCGGUCUAAGGAAGCAUUCACAUCUGGAGACCAGGCUGCUUCAUUCAGUGCUAUGUAAACAUUAAAGCUUUAACUUAGCAAACAGUUGUCAGAAGUGGGACACUCCAACGACAUUCCAAGCUGAGAUAAAAUCAAAUCAUAAAUGUUUAACCACUUGGCUGCUGAGAUCUGAGAUUUAUCCAAAGGUAUUUGGUCAAAUUUACUUUUGUAGCAGAUCUAUUUUGGUACAUUUAGUAAAGCGUGUGGUUGUCUGUGGGAGUCUCUGUUUAAUGGUCAAUUGUUCUUUAUGGAGUUCUUGCUUUUUAUUUCUAAUUUAAUGUACAAAAUACCAUAGAGUGUUUCUAAACUCUUACAUUCUCUGAACUGAAUAGAAAUUUUUAAGAUUGGCAAAAGAUGCUGAAAUGUAAGGUGCUUCUAAUGAAAAAAGGGAAACCUAGAGGAAAAUUAUCCAUUGCUAAUAUGCUGUCAAACCUUACCUCCCAAGGUGUGCCGAUAUUUUAUGAGUACCCUAUUGGUGAAUGAGAAUAUUCAUCUGUCAGACAGGAGCAUAUAUGCUGGGUUGUGUGUUCAUGUUGAAUAGUUUAUAUGAUUGUUGUUUGCCUAAAUAAAUAAAAUAAAAUGGUUAAACCAAUACUUAAUUAUACUUAAAGCUGAUGGAUGAAAAUCAAUGACACAUAUAUGUGUACCCUACACUAUUUCAGACACUAUCAUGAAUCUUAAGAAAUGCAAAUUGUUCUAAAAAGUACAAUAAAACAUUUAUUCCCCCAAAUGAUGUGGAACACAUGAUGUUGUAAAACAGCAGAUAUUCAUGACUGUUCUAUGCAUUGUAGAGACUCUAGCAUGGUUACUAUUGAAGGAGAAAUAGAAAAAAACUCUGUUAAAAAUUCCAGUGUUUUCAUUUUCAACUCUCACUUUUAUUGUAAAAUGUACUUUAUGGAAUCUUCUGCACAUUUAUUAAUAUUUUAAGAUGUAUAAGCCUAACCAACUCAAACAGUGUGACUCUGGGCAGUGUAAAGCAUAAAAACAUUAAAAAUUAAAAAAGAAACAAAACUACCACUUAUACAAAAUAUAAAAUAUAAUAUGAUGGCCAAGUAUGCAAGAAAAAAACCAAAAGGAGACUCUCGCUCUAUUGGAGCCUAAUGCCUUUGGAAAUACCCUCUAAUAAUCAAAGGAUAUAGGCUUCUUAUUGCUUGCAUAAAAACAUUUUUUUUACUGUUUACUUUCAUAAAUAUAUCCUUGCCCUGGUGCCCAGGUAAAGUUAAUAGCAGCAGGGAUCUUUAGUCCGAUGCCUUUUUGCUAUAAGAGUUAAACAAUUCUGCUCCCCGCACUGAACUCACCUGAACUGAAAGAAUUCUAACAAUUCUUGGGGUAAAAACUUGCCCGAGCAGGACUUCCUGGCUUUUAUGUACCUAUCAUUUCUGCUAAAGGAGGCAGAGGGACAAAAUAAUAUCCCCUCUUUUCACUUUAGUGACAAUGUAUUAGGGUUCUACAACAGGGUGGUUCGAGAAGGUAAGCCAUAUUGCCUACAGCAUAGAACUCAAUAUUUUAGCAGAGGUAAAACCAGCUAACUUUUUUUCCUUGAUUCUGCCUUUAGCAGUCCCCAAACUUUCUUGCUCCGUGGACUGGUGGCAGCAGAGUGGCAAGAGGGAGGGAGGGGAUUAUUUUGUGUACGCAACCUAGUUCCUGCGCAUGCGCAAACGAAGCUUCAUGCACUCACCUGCUCAACCACUUACAUGAUUAUGCAAAAUAUGGUUUUCCCCAAUCCCAUUCAGCAUUUUGUAUAUAAUUUGCCUGUGUGACUGCAUAUUUUAAAUUCCUGUGGCAUCAUGACAUAAUUAUAGGAAUAAAAUGGAGUUUGUUUCCCUGAUUAGUUAACAUGUUAAGUUGGAAAUCCAUACUGUUUUAAAGGACAAAAUAAUGAGGAAAAUGGAUGGUUCCGAAAUGUGAAAUAUAAAUAAAUAAAAAUAAUGAAGAUUAUAAAAUAAAGU